UCAUUUCCUUUUUCUCGUCGAGUCAUUCACAUUCACAGUGUCAGUAUUUAAUUUAAAAUUGGUGAAUCGCUGCAAAAUUCGGGCUUUUUUGUACCAAGAAAACUUCAGAUUUCUCAGAAACCAAAGUGAACAUGGCUGCUGUCGCUGCGGAGCAGCAACAUCCGACUGUCGAUGGAACUGUUGGAAAUUCGAUAGAAGGGGCUGAGAGGGAGGUUCAACCACAGCCUCAUCAAGGUGGGGGAGGUUCGGGUGGCCCUGGCCUAAAACAGUACUAUGUAGCUAAAAUUGAAGAGUUGCAGCUGAUUGUGGCUGACAAGACGCAGAACUUGUGUCGACUUCAAGCACAACGAAAUGAACUAAAUGCGAAGGUGAGAAUGUUACGAGAGGAACUUCAACUUCUUCAAGAACAGGGUUCAUACGUGGGUGAAGUAGUUCGAGCUAUGGACAAAAAGAAGGUUUUGGUGAAAGUACAUCCAGAAGGAAAGUUUGUGGUAGAUGUGGACAAGAACAUCGAUAUUGCCACGUUAACACCAAACAGCCGUGUUGCUCUCCGAAACGACUCGUACACAAUUCAUCGCGUUUUGCCAAACAAGGUUGAUCCUUUGGUGUCGUUGAUGAUGGUGGAAAAAGUGCCUGACUCUACGUAUGAAAUGGUUGGUGGAUUGGACAAACAAAUCAAAGAAAUUAAAGAAGUGAUCGAACUUCCUGUCAAACAUCCAGAACUGUUUGACGCUCUUGGUAUCGCUCAACCCAAAGGUGUCCUGUUGUACGGUCCACCGGGAACCGGAAAAACACUGUUAGCGAGAGCUGUCGCCCAUCACACAGAAUGUACUUUUAUUCGAGUAUCUGGUUCGGAGUUGGUCCAAAAGUUUAUUGGUGAAGGAUCACGAAUGGUUCGUGAACUCUUCGUUAUGGCAAGAGAACAUGCCCCUUCCAUUAUUUUUAUGGACGAAAUAGACAGCAUUGGAUCAUCCCGAAUUGAAUCAAACUCUGGUGGAGACUCUGAAGUACAAAGAACAAUGUUAGAGUUAUUGAACCAACUUGAUGGUUUUGAAGCAACCAAAAAUAUUAAGGUUAUUAUGGCCACCAACCGAAUCGACAUUUUAGACCCAGCUCUCCUCCGUCCUGGUCGUAUCGACCGUAAAAUUGAGUUUCCUCCUCCAAACGAAGACGCUCGAUUGGACAUCCUUCGAAUUCAUUCAAGAAGAAUGAAUUUGACGAGAGGAAUAAACUUGCGAAAAAUUGCGGAGACAAUGCCAGGUGCAUCGGGAGCAGAGGUGAAAGGUGUUUGUACAGAAGCUGGUAUGUAUGCCCUUAGGGAACGUCGUGUCCACGUUACUCAAGAAGACUUUGAAAUGGCUGUAGCAAAAGUCAUGCAGAAAGACUCUGAGAAAAAUAUGUCAAUCAAAAAAUUGUGGAAGUAGUCAUCUUUCUCUACAAUUAACAAUUUCUGUUACAAUUAGAACUUUUACUUACAACUACCAUCAACUAUGCAUUAUAAUUUAUACAUGGAGCGGGUACAGCCCCCAGAGAUCUUGUUAAAAUUAUUAUCACUAAAAAAUAAUAAUUAUUGCUUUCUCCGUUGGAAGCAGUAAUGAAGCAUUCAAAACCAGUGAUUGAUUGUGACUGCGUCAUUCAUUAUUAUUCCCCACUCAACCUGAGUUUAUUUAAUUAUGUAUUAUUUUGUAGAUUGUACUGUCGAUACUUAAUCCUCAAACUACUAAUAUUAUGAAAUUCACGGCAAUUUUUUAGUACGAUAAAAUUUAAGUCAAUUCAAAAAUAUGUUGCCGCAAUUUUGACUACUCAAAAAAUUAACAAGCAAAACAAAUAAAAACUUUCAAAAACCCUUGAAAAAAUGUA